AUUUCUGUUAAGAGCCCAGCAAAUUUCGUCCUGGUAGCUGGGAAUUAUCUGUAGUGACAUGAAAUGGAAUGGGAACGCUCCACCAUGUUCUACAUACCGGUGCCAGGCCGAUUGGCCUGCCCGAAUUCGUGGAUGCCGUGCGCGCCACUUGUCCCCGUCGUUUCACACAAAAGGGGACGAUGCGGCAUAGGCGGGUUGCUCUAGCUGUGAGCGGAGGGGUGGAUUCCAUGGCCCUCGCCUUUCUCUGUUCGUCGUUACGUAAAUCCACGGCUGCAUUUGAGGUCUCCGACAAUCCAGUGAACGGAUUCCGCGCCAUGGUUAUCGACCACGGGCUUCGAGAGGGGUCUUACGAGGAGGCCCUCGCCGUGUGCGAGGCUCUCAAAGACAUGAGUUUGUCGGCAGACGUGAUGCCACUUAAUUGGAGUAAAAUUUUUGACGAUAAUACCAACCCCAGGGAUUUACCUAAUUUCGAGAGUGUCGCGCGCAAGUUGCGUUAUGAGAGGCUUGGUCAUGAGUGCGCUGCUCGUAAGCUCGCUAGUCUCUUCCUUGCGCACCACGAAGAUGAUCAAUAUGAGACUAUUCUCAUGCGCCUAUUGCAGGGACACGGCAGUCGCGGUUUACGCGGCAUGAAGAAAGCUCACGAUAUUCCCGAAUGUGAGAAUAUCCAUGGUGCCCAUCAAAGUGGUUGGGUGGAUGAUCAGAUGAGCUACCGACCAUUCUACAAGCCCUUGACUAGGACCCGUAAACAUUUACACCGAGCCCUCCAAGCUAACAUUCAUCACCUUAUGGACGAAAACGACCCUGUGCAUGAAAGUGAGAUUGAAUUGGAGGAUUUCCAUACUAAAUUACACACCAAAUCAAUCGAACCCAACCAAAUUCCCAUUGAAGAUGGCGGAGUUAUGGUAUACCGACCCUUGUUAGAAUUUAGCAAGGAUCGCCUCAUCGCGACUUGUUUGGAGAACAAUGUUCCUUGGUGGGAAGAUUCUACUAACCACGACCCUACUCUUACAAUAAGAAACGCUAUUAGAAAGCUAUACAAGGGAUACGCCCUCCCUAAGGCCCUUCAGAAACCAGCCAUCCUCGCUCUUGCGAAAAGGUGCGAACAGAAACACCAAGCGCAGGACGCCGAGGCCAAUAGACUCUUGCGCCAAGUUAUCAUCCACGAUUUCGAACCAAACGCCGGGACCGUGAUUGUCCAGUUUCCGAAAUUCGAAUCCGUAAUAACGAAACGGGACUCUCAAUCUCCACAGCGCCGGCAAGCGCGUCUCGCUCGCCAAAGAGAAAUCGCCUCGAUCGUUAUGCGCAAGGUCCUCAUGCUCGUCAGCCCAGAAAAGCAAGCGCCGUCGGUCACAGCCCUCGAGAAUCACGUCUGGCGGCUGUUCCCGUCUAUUGCCGAACCGGGGAACGCUGCACAAACAGACGACCCGAAAACCUUUAGCGUAUACAGCGUCCUCCUUACCCCUAUCACGCCCGACUCUCCCCACCGGAAGUCCGUCCCCGCGAGCUCUAGCAAGCCGCACAUGCAGCAACUAUCCUGGCAUCUCUCGCGCGCCCCUUACCCAGCCCACCUGCCUAUCCCGCGCGUGCGCAUGACAUAUUGGAGUAUGAAAGGCCCCGUGCCGACCUACACCAUGUCCACACGGAAUGAGUGGAUGCUCUGGGACGGCCGAUACUGGUUCCACGCCGAGCACCAACUCCCGCACCGCAUCAUAGUCCAGCCCUUCCUCCUCGAGCACUCCAAGCCCUUCCGCGAGCUCCUCCAGCGCUCCGCCCGCGCCCGCCUCGACGCCCGUCUGAAGCGGUACGCACCGGGGAAAACCCGGUACACGUUACCUGGCCUCUACCUCGAAGAAGACGUCGACUUGAACCGGCCGAUGCGCCAAAUCACUCCGCGUGGCGGGUACCCCAACCCGAUCGCCUGGGAGUACAGAGACGGGAUCGGAGACGGUCGCGGCGCGGACAGGGGCGUGGGACAGGCUGGCGAGAGGAGGGACCAGUCUAUGCAUCCCAAAGUCCCUGAUACCUCGAAGAUGAAGCUCAUCGCGCUGCCUACCUUAGACAUCCAGAUCCCCGGGUUGAGCGACUGGAUCGAUUACGAGAUCAGGUAUCGCAAGGUAGAUCGGAAGACGUUGAGGAUAGCGGGGACGUGGAGUAGGGGGUCGUUUGGCCCGCUUACGGAUGAUGCGGUGAUGAGGUAUAUUGAGUCUGGGAGGGCGCGCGGGGGGAGGGGUGUGGAUCGGUUGAGGAAGGAGAGGACUGAGGGGAGGUUGUCGAGGAUGAGGGUGUGUGUUUGAUCUUGUAUGUAAGAUGGGUAUAUACCGUAAGGAUGGAAGUGAAGUUACUUCGAAAUCUAUUAUAUAGCUCCCCUCCAUGACAUUCAUCCACAACUACUUGGAUACUUUGGUGGAAAAGUAGAUAUC